GUUUUACUACACGUUCCUUCUGUACACAAAAUGUGUUGCUUUUGAUAUACAUAACCUCGCUUUGUAAACAGCGUACAAAGUGCGCAUGCGUAUUCAUGUAAUUAAAUUUCAAUUUGAAUUACAUCACAAGUGGGUAUUAAAUUCACAGAUGACCACAGUGUGAAACUAUGAAACUAUGUACGUCAUUUUGUAUGUUCUUUUUUGAAAUUCGAAUGGCAGUCGAUAAUAAUUACCGACGCAGUGCAUUUGACGGUUGAUCUAAUCGUAAAACCUAAACGUUUGAAAUAUCGAACUCCUGGUGUAUCUUGGAUUAAUAAUUCAUUAAUCUGGUCGGAAUAGCAGAAAAGAAGUGUCACACAAAUUAGCGGAUACGUUAUUACUAAGCUUGAACUUUGCCAAGGUAAUCAAAAUUCAGAAAAAAUUAAAUUCGCACAAAUCAUUGUCGAACGUUAAUUGAUGGCGUAACAACGUUGAGAAUCAGAAUAAAGGUAAAUGAGAAUGAAUCAAGAGCAAGAAAACUGCCUCGACCAGUUCUUCGGGGAAGCCUUGACCGUUCACUCUACCUGUCAUCCGGUUAGAAAACGCUUCAAUUCGCACUACGUAACGCAGAUGGAAUCCACGACUCGCAAUGCGUGAAGACAUCAGUCAGGAACAUCGUUGUCCUGUCCCGUUCCAGCAGGAAUUAUAUAGGCGGAUGCACGGAUGCUGGAAACGACGGAAGAAGAACAUAAUUCUAAACAAAGACAACAGCAAAAUGAUCUGUUGCCAUCAAACAUGUUAUAUAAAAUUGAAGUAGAUUCAUGAUCCCCUUGUCCCUUAACUACUGCCGAAGGACGUUUGCUAAGGUAAUGGUCUUCGAAUUGGCGACUACAUUUGCUGGGACAAGAAAAAAAAAAUUAGGAUCUCCCGUUUCGAGACCUCUCAAGCUUGCGUAAAUGGAAUUCCCCUGACUUAAUCGAAAUGCAAAUCGUUCUUAACAUUUUAACUACUAACAGUACGUUAUAUAAAUAAGGAUAAAAUCAUUCAGUAAACGAAGAUGGAGGCAGAAGACGCUUAAAUUUAAAGAAGAGUUUGUUGAGUUUGAAAUGCAUUUAUCUCGAUUUCCUGUUUCUUUUCUCGUUCUUCCAGCAUCCCAGUGUCGCUGCAAUUUACAUUCAUCCUUGAUGCAAGGAGGUCGAAUAAUUAGCAAGGUAAAAAGAAUCAAUGACUAUAGAAGAUGUUGAAACCGGAAGCCCUCAGGGUGUUGAUUUUUUUUUUUUAUGACCAUAAUUGUACUGAAAAGGAAGGAAGAAAGAGUAGUAAUAAAACAAGAAGCCAUAUGAUGAUGGAAGGAGAAAUGACAACAGAGAGCAGGUAGAAAACGGGAAUCGCAUUUCCCCCUUCUUGAUUCAGUCAAGCUUUUGCGAUCCCUACUUCGAUUACUUUCAUGACAAGCGCACCGUAGCUGGUCCCAGGUCAGUUGUUGUUUGGUCCUCGUGAAGGUGAUAGGAUACACUUGUCGCGACCGGUGCUAUAGAUGUCACAAAGCUGUAAGUUCGAGACCUUCUGCGCGUUUUACGACACUCAACCUCCUGAUCGGAUAUCCCUCGUCCUUGCUGUCAUUCCAAUUAGCCGCUGAAUUGAGAACAUGCACAAGCAAGGAAGACAAAAUGCUGCUUUUGUUGGGGACGACGAACACAAAACCACUGACUUUCAGGGAUCCAACGUAGACGGUGAUAAGAAGUUUCAAGCAAAUGAUUCCUUCAACUUUAAUUAUGGGGUCCAGGACGAUCGCAAAUUACCACUUUCCUUAUCACUUCCAGAGGAAAUGUCGAUUGUGGAGAAUGAAACAGAAAGAGCAACCUGGGGCAAUGAAAUGGAAUUUCUGAUGUCCUGUAUUGCCAUGUCCAUUGGUCUUGGCAAUGUUUGGAGAUUCCCAUUCACCGCUUAUGAAAAUGGUGGUGGAGUGUUCCUGAUACCAUACAUCAUCGUCCUCUUCUUGGUCGGCAAACCGUUUUACUAUCUAGAGAUGAUAAUGGGGCAAUUUUGCAGCAGAUCUUCGGUGAAAAUGUGGUCAGCAGCACCAGGAUUUCGGGGCGUAGGCUGGGCACAGAUGUUCUCCAUGCUCGCUGUGGGAACCUACUAUUGUUCUCUUAUGUCUGUGACACUUUAUUAUCUAAUUGGAAGCUUUCAAUCACAACUUCCUUGGUCCACGUGUCUCGAAGAAUGGGGAGAUUCUUGCGUCGACUCAGGAGGAUCCUAUAACGUCACCGAACGAAAUGGAACAGCUAUGAUUACUUCUGCUGAACUGUAUUUUAGAAGAGUGGUGUUGAAAGAAAAGACAAACAUCGACGAUGGUAUUGGAGCUCCAGAUUGGAAGCUGACAAUUUGUCUACUGGUCGCUUGGAGUUGUAUAUUCGCUGUCCUUGCACGGGGAGUGAAGAGUUCUGGAAAGGCAGCCUAUUUCCUCGCUAUUUUCCCUUACAUCAUCAUGAUCAGCUUGCUGAUCAGAGCGGUAACGCUGGACGGUGCCGUGAACGGGAUUAUUUUCUUCAUCAAGCCGGAUUGGGGGAAGCUGUUCGAUGCGAACGUUUGGUACGCUGCUGUAACACAGUGCUUCUUUUCACUGUCGGUGUGCUUCGGUGGUGUCGUCAUGUACUCGUCCUACAACGAUUUUAGACACAAUAUAUACAGAGACGUUAUCGUGGUGACGACUCUGGAUACAUUCACCAGUUUAAUGGCAGGUUUCACUAUUUUUGGGAUCCUGGGGAACUUGGCGCAUGAACUGGGUGUCGAAGACAUCCGUAACGUGGUCCGAGGUGGAACCGGUCUUGCGUUUGUCUCUUAUCCUGAUGCUAUAGCAAAAUUCACCGUCCUUCCACAGCUGUUUUCAGUCUUGUUCUUUCUGAUGUUAUACGUCCUUGGUAUAGGAAGUGCCAUUGCAUUGGCAGGUGCAAUUAUCACCAUUGUCAGCGAUCAGUUUCCAAGUUUCAAGUAUAUCUAUGUUGUACUCGGUACAGUUAUAUUCGGAUUUUGCGUUGGCAUGAUUUAUUGUACACCUGGUGGUCAGUUCAUGUUAGAAUUGGUCGAUUAUUACGCCGGCUCUUUCAUCGUCUUCAUCUUAGCUACCCUAGAGAUAACCGGUAUUUUCUGGGUGUACGGUUUGGAGAAUUUCUUGGACGACGUGGAGUACAUGCUGAAGAGAAGACCGUCCGUUUAUUGGAGAGUCUGUUGGAGCGUUAUUACCCCUCUUCUACUAGCUGUGAUUUUAAUUUAUACUUUAGCUACCUUACAACCACUUACUUACAGCGGUAUUUCCUAUCCAGACAGUGCACAUGCUGCUGGAUGGACCAUUUGUGCCUUUGGCAUACUACAAAUUCCAUUCUGGAUGAUGUACACUAUAAUUUCCAAAAAGAAUUUACAAGUCUCUGAGAUGAUCAAAUCUGCCUUUAGACCCUCCCCGAAUUGGGGACCCAAAAAUACCAGAGAACUGGCUUCCUGGAGCGAAUUCAAAGAGAUCAGAAGGAAAAUAAAAGAAAAACGGCAAUGCUCGAGAAUUAAGCAAUUCGUUUACGUAUUGCUGUGUUGGGAGGACAAACUCGUGUAAUAGUAAAUAAGAAACAUGUUCUUCAUUCUACAUAAUUCUACGGUAUCGUUUCAGUCACGCAAUUUUUUUAAAUGAAUUCUCUUAGUCACUUUUAUAGUUUCAGUAUUCUUUGCUUUAAUUUUUUUUUUUGUAGAUGUAGUUUAAUAUCUGAAGCUUAUGUACAGGGUGUAUUUUGAAAUCCCGUAUAAGUAGAAUUUUAAGUAGACUCGUUCUGUAGUUUCUUUCCUUUUGAAAUUUUUCAGCUCGCCGUUCUACGAAUCAUUUGUACCUGUGUGUUAGUUUUCAUUAAAAAUCCAUUUGCUUUUCGUAAAAUUAUUGUAAAAUUUUUUAGAUUGAAAGGUAGUUGAUUUGAUAAAAAUUGAUUUGUAACCAAUUCAGACUAAUCAGCUCAGUUGGAUAAAAUUGACUUCCAAGAAUAAUCUUGAGGUCAAAUGUUUAUUAUUUUCAAAGAAAAGCUGAUUUGUAGCAACAUAAGACACAGUAUUAUUAUACAUAUACUGGAAUAGCAGCCAAACGUAUAUGGGAUGAUUGUGAUGAGGUAAUUGCAACUGCCGUUGAGAGUAUUUUAAUAUACACAUUUUUUAUUUAUUAAACACAUCUUUCUACAAUAAAUUAGUCAUCAAAUCAUUGAUUAAUCAGACACAAAAUCACGUUACUUAUAUUUUUCUUUUUCCUCGUCCCUUUUCUUUUUAACAUAGAAUGAAAUGUUAAUAAAUAUUGUUAAAUAUUUAUUGUCAAAUUAUCAAUUUCAACUUACGUUCAAGCAUGUAAUCCGUUAGAUCUCUCGUUAUCAGAUCGGGUGUAGAGAAUUGCAAUAUAAUCUAAAUGUUGGGAUCAUGAUCGCUUUAUCAUCAAGGAUUUUUGAUUGUUCGGUGUAGUCUGGUAUCAACGUACCAGCUUUGUGAUAUAAGAGCAGAUGCUCGAUGUCGAUCGCCCACGUGUAAUGUUCUAUUCAUAAUACUUCUUUAAAUCGGUUGUUUCAGUGCAGAAUGAAGGAGAAAACGCACAGUGAUAUCAAGAUAAGGUGUAACCUGUUGCGCAUAAAGGGCUUAAAGUUAAUUCCCCGCUAUCUGAAAGAACGACGACCCAGAACAGGGACAGUGGAACAAGGCAUUCGUUUUGGACGAAAGAGA